AUGCGAUGGGAAACACUCGCGAUCUUCCUGUCAGCUGUGGUUCGCGCCACUAUGGAUAUCCAGUUCUUCCCGUCGCUGUAUACGACCGAGGAGAAGAAGUAUAGCCUUAGAAAGCUAUGCACGAGAUUAGCGGACUAUGCUCUGGAAAUUACUAUAUCCCUCGACUGUUUGAAUGACCUUCAAGUCUGCUUACAGUAUGAGAACUUCAUCGUGCAUUCCCAUGUAGACGGGGACCAUAGCUACUAUUCAUGGCGAAAGCUCGGAGAUGUUAUAUCCUCAAUAUAUGCUCUAGGCUACCAUGAGAACCUGGAUGAAAAGCCCGAUACACCUCGCUUCUUGACCGAGCUACGCAAGGCUGUCUUCGCGCGCGUGUAUUCGGCGGACAAAAAUGUUGCCAUCUUUGUCGGUCGACCGCCUCGCAUGAAUAGACAGUUCUGCUAUUUCCAGAUUCCAUCAAGUCCGCUUCCCGAUGACAUUUGGUUUAUCUCCUCUGAAAAGCUGGAUAAUGAGAUCAAUGAUCCUUUUAGCUGGGACCCGUCGACUAAAGCGAGCUAUAUGGCUGAGACUCGAUGGACUGCAUUGUGCGCUGGGGUUAAAGAGGACAUACUCAACUUGCAGAGAAGCCGGCCAAGUGACAUGGAACUUUUCUAUCAACGGGUAGCCGAUAUAAAAGCUCGGGCUGAAAAGAAUUACUCUUCACUGCCUGCGCAUUUUCAGUUCCGCAACAAUCUCAGAGACAGUACUCUGAGCACCUUCGAACGCGACUUUAUUGGCUCAGUGCAGCUGAAUCACUUGCACGCGCUCUUCCUGCUGAAUCUCCUUCUGCUAAGUAUCCCUACUGAGCCAGAUCCCACACUUGUGGACAUCGCCGAACAGAUCCUCUCAGUCGCAGUGGACAUGGUUCUCCUGCGUGACCAACUUACAAACUCGGGAACAUGUCUCCUGUGGAAGGUCGCCUAUCACUGUCUCCCCGCUGCGGGAAUCCUCCUACUGGCUCUUCUCAACGAGCGUGCCACUCCCAGCAUGCCCCGUAUAACACGACCCCGAACACUCCAGCACCUGACAAUCCUCGCUGCGGAGAUUCAAGCCGGAUCGAUCAUUCGGCCUCAAGAACCCAACUAUGAGCUAAUGUCCAAGGCCAUGCAAACGAUCCAGAGCUUCCUGGAUUCAGUCACUUCUGAGCCCAUGCACCCUGUGUCAGACAUGACACCCCGCAGUCCGAACCUUAUUGAAUGGUCCAGCUUUCCUUAUCAGGAAUCCUUAGACUUUGAGAUUGGGUUCUGGGAGAGUCUCGCUGACCAUCCGCUGCUGAGCUUCCAGUCUGGGCUGAUGGCGCCCGAGUAA